AUGGCGCUCGAGAUGAAACCCUCCGAGGAAGAGGCGCAGGCUGCGCUCUAUAACAAGGCGUGCUGCCAUGCUUUCAGGGAGGAGGGCGUGCAGGCGCAGGAGGCGCUUCGCGAGGCGCUGCGGUACGGGCUCCAGUUCAGCGUGAUUCUGAGCGAUCCGGAUAUGGCGGCGUUCCGCGCCAUGCCUGAAUUCAGAGCGCUUCAAGAGGAGGCAAGGAAGGGCGGCGAGGAAGUGGGCGGCAAGUUUCGGCGGGACUUGAAGCUGAUAGCAGAGGUGCAGGCGCCGUUCAGAGGCGUGAGGAGGUUUCUCUACGUGGCGCUGGGCAUGGCUGCUGGCAUCGCCACUGUCAUCACCAUCCCCCGGUUCAUCCUGGCCGUCCAAGGAGGGCUGGACGCCCCAGAUCUGCUCACCACUGGUGGCAACCUGGCCAUUGACCUGGGAGGCGGGGUGGCGAUGGUGGGGCUGUACCUGUGGGAGCAGCGGCGAGAGGAGGAGCAGAUGGGGCGAGUGUCACGUGAUGAGACGCUCUCCCGCCUGCCUCUUCGGCUCCAGUCGGGCAAGGUGGUGGAACUCGUGCAGCUUCGAGGCACAACGCGCCCGGUGAUACUGUCGGGGCGAAAGGAGGCGGUACAGCAGGCGAUGAAGCGCGCAGAGGGGUACCGCAAGCAGCUGCAGGAGCGCGGGGUGCUGCUCGUGCCCAUCCUGCAGAGCAAGGGCGUGCUGGCAGACAGCAAGAAGAAGGGGUUUGCUGCCGUCAAGAAGCCUGCUGCCACGCUGGAAUACCUGGAGGAGUUUGAGGAGAAGGCGAGGGAGGCUGCGGCAAAGAGAGUGGCGGAGGCGGACAGACGGCUCAAGGCUGAAGCUGUGUCGCCCGGGGAGUGGGACCAAUGGGUACGGUCGCAGCAGAAGGCGGAGAAGGUGGCGGAGGGCAGCGAUGCCUUCAUCGUGCUGCGGCUGGACGGCCGAGUCAGGAAGUCAGGCACGGGCAUGCCUGACUGGGCGGAUCUUAUCAACGAGCUGCCUCCUCUCGACAGCCUAGUCAGCAAGCUUGAGCGCUGA